CGCACAUGCUGAGGAGGAAGAGUUCAAUGGUGGCUAAAUGACGUGUUAUCGUGUUUUAACGGGUUCUUCAACGUCUGACCGUUAAAAGUGUUUCACCCUUUAUUCAGCAAACAGAGCUUCAACAUCAGCCCUCAACCAUCAGAUCCACCUGACCACCAUAUUUAAUAAAGGUCUUUACUUACUUUUAAAAGCUGCUAAGUAUUUGUACUUGGAAGAACAACUACUCCCCGCCACAGGAACCAUUGAUUAAAGUGGUGAUUUAAUAAGAACCUCAUUAAGGUUCCCUGCAGAAGAAGAAGGUUACUCACUGAAGCCCCUCUGUGACCCCAGAAGACUCACGUGCAAGAGAGAUUUUCAUUUCCAAACGGAAAAUUUCGCCAAAAAGCAACAAGUUUUCAGGUAUAAUUUAUGUUCAAUAAGAAACACCUAUAUUUUUCUGUUAAAAUGAACAAAGUUGUACAUUAAAUGUGAUUAUUUGGACACUCCAAAAAGUACGUGCUUUUAUUUUGGUUGCUGGAACCGGAUGUUUAAAGUGUACCAAUUACAGCUUAAACCAUAAAACUACGGCAAACGUCAAAUAAGUGAAAAAGCAGACGCGUCGGAGGCGAAACGUUCCGUAUCUUCGUGUUCAGUCCGCGUCCCUUUCGGUGUCUUUUAGGUGCAACUAGGUGCAACUUUUAGCGGCUUUAAAGCGACGCAGUGGCGGUUUGACUCGCGAGUCUCGUCGUGUCGGUUCUCGCGCCGCUUCCGCACUGCUCGCAUUCACCGCCCGGAGCCUCCCGCGCCGCCCGCCCGCCGCUCACCUCGCCGACUCCCGUCAAAGCGGCUGAAAUGUACCGGUACCUCGGCCGGCGGCUCUGCCGGGCAGCGGGCGGCGUCCCGGCCCCGGGUGCCUCCGCCGCGGACUCGGCUCCCCCCGCGUCCGCCUCCCUGCCGCGGCGGCGCGGCUACAGCCAGGCCGCGGACCGAGACGACGACCCGAACUUCUUCGCCAUGGUGGAGGGCUUCUUCGACCGCGGGGCCGCCAUCGUGGAGGACCAGCUGGUGGAGGGCCUGCGGAACCGCGAGAGCGCCGAGCAGAAGCGGAAGCGCGUCCGCGGCAUCCUGCGCAUCAUCAAGCCGUGUAACCACGUCCUGAGCGUCUGCUUCCCCAUCAAGAAGGACAGCGGCGAGUGGGAGGUGAUCGAGGGCUACCGGGCUCAGCACAGCCAGCACCGGACCCCCUGCAAGGGAGGUAUCCGUUACAGUAGUGACGUGUCUGUGGACGAGGUGAAAGCUCUGGCCUCACUCAUGACCUACAAGUGUGCUGUGGUCGAUGUGCCAUUUGGUGGUGCCAAAGCCGGAGUGAAGAUCAACCCGAGGAACUACUCCGACAACGAGCUGGAGAAAAUAACCCGGAGGUUCACCAUCGAGCUCGCCAAGAAGGGCUUUAUCGGACCCGGCAUCGACGUUCCUGCUCCCGACAUGAGCACCGGGGAGCGGGAGAUGUCCUGGAUCGCAGACACCUACGCCACCACCCUGGGCCACAACGACAUCAACGCUUACGCCUGCGUCACCGGGAAGCCCAUCAGCCAGGGAGGAAUCCACGGGCGCAUCUCCGCCACCGGCCGGGGGGUCUUCCACGGCAUCGAGAACUUCAUCAACGAGCCGGCCUACAUGAACCAGCUGGGGAUGUGUCCCGGCUUCCAGGACAAGACCGUCGUCAUCCAAGGUUUUGGUAACGUGGGUCUUCACUCCAUGCGCUACCUUCACCGCUCGGGGGCCAAGUGCGUCGGCAUCGGAGAGAUGGAUGGAAACAUCUGGAACCCCAACGGCAUCGACCCCAAAGAGCUGGAGGACUACAAACUGGAGCACGGGACCAUCGUCGGGUUCCCCAACGCAGCUCCGUACGCAGGACCGAUCCUGGAGGCGGACUGUGACAUCCUGAUCCCAGCGGCCAGCGAGAAGCAGCUGACCAAGAGCAACGCCCACCAGAUCAAGGCCAAGAUCAUCGCAGAGGGAGCGAACGGCCCGACGACGCCCGACGCCGACCGCAUCUUCCUGGAGAGGAACAUCAUGGUGAUCCCGGACAUGUACCUGAAUGCGGGCGGGGUGACGGUGUCCUACUUCGAGUGGUUGAAGAAUCUGAACCACGUCAGUUACGGUCGGCUCACCUUCAAAUACGAGCGAGACUCAAACUACCACCUGCUGAUGUCUGUUCAGGAGAGUCUAGAGAGGAAGUUCGGGAAGCAUGGCGGCGCCAUUCCCAUCGUCCCCACCGCCGAGUUCCAGGCCCGGGUCGCUGGAGCUUCUGAGAAAGACAUCGUCCACUCGGGGUUAGCUUUCACCAUGGAGCGCUCUGCCAGGCAAAUCAUGAGGACAGCCAACAAGUACAACCUUGGUCUGGACUUGAGGACGGCGGCGUACGUCAACGCCAUCGAGAAGGUCUUCCGGGUCUACAACGAGGCCGGCCUCAUCCUCACCUAGAGGCCCGUCUCUGUACCCGUCCUCUUUCUGCGUCCUCAUCUCCUCUGGAGGACGUCUUGGCUAUAGAGAUCUUUGUAUCUCUGUUUCCUUUCCUUCUCCUCCUCUUCAACCAAAGGACUUUCCGGUUUCACAGCUUUAUAGGCGUGUUUUUAUAAAAUAUAAGCAUAAAUAUAAAAGUUUCUAUGGGACAUUUUUGAAUAUAUAUAAAAGCUUUUCACUGUUAGUGGCCAGAAGUGAUCAGAUGUGUGAUCCAUUAUUGGAUUAUUGAUCGGUUUAUCCUGAAGUUCAUCAUGAUCCUAGUUACAUUAUUUUGGUUCUUGAUCCAUAUCUAAUCUCAUGCGGUCACUUUUGUCCACUCGGUGAAUGUUGUUACUCGUCUUGUUUGUGUUUACAUGGAACUCAGGUGGUGGUUAUUAAAGGGUCAUUAUGGGAUGUUGAUGUGUUUACUUCAGUGAUGAUCUCUUAUGUGUAACAUAAACAGAUGCAUCGUGUUCAAAGAAGAAUAAACACUGCGAUUCAAAUGAGGUCACAAAUGACUGCGUUGCCGUGACAACCGGUAUCCUGCUUCACGAAGCAACGCAGGUUUUUAUCAUUUUCAGAAUCUAAAAGAUGUAAAAUGUGUCUCGAUCUCAAUUUCUACAACAAAUGCGUCAAACGUUUUUUUUGUUUUAAGGUCUGAGAUUUGUAUUUUCAAGAAAAAAAGAAUAAAUCUAUUUUUGAGUUGUCCGUUUCCUAUAAACAAGCUUUCACCACUGCAGUGACCUUUUUUUGUAUUUUUGAUAUCGCUGAUGUUGAUGCCGCUGAGUGACGUCUGCGUUGCCACGGUAACGCUGCCUUGUUGCUCUUCGGCUCUGGUUUGUCUUUAUCUUUUUAUUCCUCUGUGCGAAUGUUACAGCAGAAAUAAAGCACAAAUAAAAGUCACAUGGUCAAGUGUGAAAA